GAGGAGAGAGACACAAACACUCCUGCACUUUUUUUUCUGUCUGUUUACUCUAAUUCUCUAAUGGCGGCAAUCAAACAAGAGGAACUACAAAACCCUAAUCCCCCAAAGCUUCAAAUUUAUCCCACUGCUUCUACUGGAAUUUCUCCUUUCUGGAAAGAAAAGUAUGAAAAAGAUGCAAAGAAGUAUUGGGAUGUUUUCUACAAGAGACAUCAAGAUAAAUUCUUUAAAGAUAGGCAUUAUUUAGAUAAAGAAUGGGGUCAUUAUUUCCAGGAAGAUUCAGAGACGAAAAACAUUUUAGAGAUUGGUUGUGGAGCUGGGAACACUAUAUUUCCAUUGGUUGCAACGUACCGGAAUAUCUUCGUCCACGCUUGUGAUUUUUCUCCUCGGGCUGUUGAUUUAGUGAAGUCACAUAAAGAGUUCACAAGUGACCGUGUUAAUGCGUUCGUUUGUGAUCUUACUGCGGAUGACAUUAGCAAGCAGAUGUCCCCGUCUUCGGUUGACAUUGUGACCCUGAUAUUUGUACUGUCUGCAGUUUCUCCUGAAAAGAUGACGAUGGUAUUGCAGAAUAUCAGAAAAAUUCUUAAGCCAAACGGUCUUGUACUGCUGCGGGAUUAUGCUGUUGGUGACCUUGCUCAGGAAAGAUUAAUUUGCAAAGAUCAGAUGAUCAGUGAGAAUUUCUAUGUCAGGGGAGACGGCACUCGUGCCUUUUACUUUUCGGAGGAGUUCUUGACGAGUUUGUUCAAUGCAAAUGGGUUUGAUACUGAAGAAAUUGAGGUGUGCUGCAAACAAGUGGAGAACCGGUCACGGGAAUUAGUAAUGAACCGGCGUUGGAUUCAGUCUGUGUUCCGUUUCACGGAUGGGGUAAAGUCUUCUCAUAUUUCAGGACCUGGAAAGAACUCGGAUCUCCUUGAUCAACAUGCUAAUGGGAGUGCCAUUAGUGGAAUGAUCAACUUGAAGGAACCUAAAGAAGAUAUCGAGAUUGACAUGUCUGAGAGCAUUGCUGUUGAAAUGUUCAGUAUUACACCAUCCAUAGAUGAUGCUAACCAUGAGAUCAUUAAGAUCGAGGUAGGAGAACACAGCUUUAGUCUAAAAGGACUUUCAAAAGAACACCAGCACACAUGCAAAUCAACAGGGUUGAUGCUAUGGGAGUCGGCUCAUCUAAUAUCAGCAGUUCUGGCUCAAAAUCCUUCUAUAGUUGAAGGGAAAAGGGUUCUUGAGUUGGGUAGUGGUUGCAUGGGAGUGUGCUCCAUGAUUGCUGCUAGGUAUGCAGAAUCAGUUUAUGCCACCGAUGGAGAUACGAUAGCAGUUGAAUUACUGAAACAAAAUGUGGUCUCAAACUUGAAUGAACAUACUCUUAACAAAGUACUUACGAAAAGAUUAGAGUGGGGUAAUCGUGACGAAAUAGAGGCAAUCAAGAAGACGAGUCCUUCAGGGUUCGAGGUCAUCAUUGGUACAGAUGUAACAUACGUCGCUGAAGCCAUCUCCCCCUUAUUUGAAACUGCUAGUGAGUUGAUUACUUCUUCGAAUGGAAAUACUGCAGCAGAAUUAAAACCAGCUUUGAUUCUCUGCCACAUUUUUCGACGAGUUGAUGAGGCUUCUAUAUUAUUGACUGCAUCAAAGUUUGGUUUCAAGCUCGUUGAUAGAUGGCCUGGAAGAUCGUCGGUGGAGCUAUCUCAAAACAUAGUAAGUUCUUGGUUUUCCAGUAGUAGUAGUUACGAUAGCGACCUCACCAGUUUACCUUUGCAUAUCUUAUACUUUCACCAUUGCAAGUAAAAGAAAAAUUGCCAUUGUUUUUAUCAUGUUCAUGUACGAUAUCAGAUUUAAGGUUGUGAUCACAUUGUUGAUGUUUAAACUUAACAAUGGGCUGUAUUCAUUUACAUCAAUCAUAAGUCUUGCUUUAAA